AACGGAAGCAAGUGGCUGGCCAGCGGAUAUGACAACCGACGACCAGAAAGAUCAAUUUCUACGAGAUUUUAAAGAUCAUGAAGGCAUUCAGUUGGACCGCGAAAAGAUUGAGAACAACCCUGGCAUGAGGGCGCUUGCCAAGUUGUGUUUGAAUAGGUAAUAUCUGCUGUUGCGCGUUUUGUAAACUGAGGCUAACUGGAUUUGUACUUGCAGCUUCUGGGGUCGCCUGGGUAUGCAGGACAACAAGCCGAACACCAAGUACCUAACUUGCCCGCAGGAGUUUUACAAAAUGCUUCUUUCUGGUGAAUUCCACAUCCACUCGUGGGAUAUGUUCAGCGAGGAUGUUCUGCAAGUUGCGUACACCAGGGAAAAGUUAUUUAUUGACCAGAACCCUCAUACGAACGUUGUCUUGGCUGCGUUUACGACAUGCUGGGCCCGGCUCCAUUUAUACGGCUACAUGGAACAAGUCCAAGAUACACUGCUUUACUUCGAUACCGAUUCCAUCAUUUUUGUGGAGAAGCCGGGAGUAUUUGUUCCUCCAACCGGCAAGUUUUUGGGGACCUAA